AUGGACCAAUUCGAACUUGGUGCAAAAACCAUUAAGUCAUCAUUUUACGUUGAUGAUUUUCUUUGUGGCUCAGAUACGCUUGAAGAAUUGUCUCGUAUGAAGCAGGAGGUUAAUGAAAUUCUAAUUCGUGGUUCGUUUCAAUUAGAUAAGUGGCACUCUAAUCAUAGAGAUUUUCAGGACGACAAAACUGUCAAAGACCUUAAUAUUGAAGAUUCUGCAGUAACUAGCGCUCUUGUCCAAAUUGAUGAAAAAAUAACCAAACGUACAAUUUUGUCGCUCUCGUCAGCGCUUUUCGAUCCCCUAGGACUUUUAUCCCCUCUCAUAAUAAAAGCUAAAAUCAUCAUGCAAGAGUUGUGGAUUCUAAAAAUUGGCUGGGAUGAGUCUGUACCUCAAGAAAUACACUCGGCUUGGAAAUCUUUCGUCUCUGAUCUCAAACUAUUACCUUCACUUAAAAUUCCUCGUUUUUGUCUCGCUCCUGAUUCUAAAUCAGUUCAACUUCAUGGCUUUUGUGACUCAUCAAUUCGUGCUUAUGGUUGUUGUUUUUACUUUCGUGUUAAAACUUCUUCAGGAAAUGUUGUUGUUCGGCUCUUUACUGCCAAAUCUAGAGUUGCUCCUACAAAGCGAAAAUCGUUACCCAAACUUGAGUUAUGUGGCGCACAACUUCUAGCAAAAUUGUAUUCCAAAAUCAAAAAUCUUUUCGCAAUACCAAAUCUGGAAGUCGUUCUGUGGACAGAUUCGCAACUAGUUCUUCACUGGCUAAAGCAACAUUCAUCUACUUUGUCAGUUUUUGUUGGCAAUAGGGUAUCAGAAAUUCAAGAUCUAACUAAUGGCUGCGUUUGGCGACAUGUCCCAACCCAGUUCAACCCUGCUGACAUCGUUUCUCGUGGUUCAACUGUGCAGGAACUCGCCUCAUCCAUCUGGUUCAACGGACCAGCAUUUCUCGCUCUCGAUCCUGUUCAGUGGCCCCCUACUAAAACUGAUAAACUCUCCGAAGAAAAUCAGCAAGUAUUCGACAAAGAAAAACGGAAAACCGUACUUCAUCUUGAAACAAAAUCUAACUACAUCCUCGAUUCUGUUGGAAAAUAUAGCUCGUACUUAAAAAUCAUUCGUAUUAUUGCCUGGAUGUUUCGUUUUGCUCAAAAAACAAAAACUAAUAUUUCCAAUUCUGACUCUUUGCAGCCCCAAGAAUUAGAAAAUGCUAAACUUUGUAUCGUUUUCAACAUCCAGAAACUACAUUUUCAAGAUGACAUAACUCGAGCUCUAAAGAAGAAAGAUCCCCAAGGUGCUCUAAAGUGUCUGAACCCCUUCCUAGAUUCGUCAAAUGGUUUCAACUUGCUCAAGGUCGGCGGACGCUUGGAGUACGCGGCAAUUUCUGAAGGCCAAAAACACCCCAUAAUCUUGCCCAGCAAAUGCCAUUUCGUCUACUGUUACGUACGUCAUCUGCACAUCAGUAACUACCACGCUGGACCCAAGGCUCUAAUGUCAUUGAUUCGCCAACAAUUUUGGAUCAUCAACUCCAGGAAUUUGUGUCGCAGCAUUGUAAAUUCGUGCCCUCAAUGCAUUCGCUAUCGCCCAAAGUUGUUGCAACAAAUGAUGGGAAAUUUGCCUGUGGAACGACUCAACCCGUCAAGGCCCUUCGCAAGGUGUGCUGUCGAUUUUUGUGGUCCAGUCAACACCUACCUAAGAAUUAGAGGAAAGGUCCCCUACAAGACAUACAUCGCUAUAUUUGUUUGUCUCGCUACCAAAGCUGUCCAUAUUGAAGUGGUAUCCGACCUGUCAACAGAUGCCUUCAUUGCUGCCCUAAAACGGAUGAUUGGUCGUAGAGGUCUGCCCACAGAUAUAUUCUGUGAUAAUGCAACAAAUUUCGUUGGUGCAAACUCUAAGGCACCACAUUUUGGCGGAUUGUGGGAGGCGGCCGUCAAAUCGGCCAAAGGUCACUUAACCAGAACCCUGGACAACACAAGGCUCACCUACGAAGAACUCGCAACGGCUAUGAUUGAGAUAGAGGCAGUUUUAAACUCGAGGCCCAUUUCGCAUCUAUCCUCAGAUCCCAGUGACUUUGAAGCUCUUACACCAGGACACUUCUUGAUAGGCGCUCCCCUCCGUAGUUUGCCAGAACGUGAUGUUCCUAUAAAAGAGAUUAACAAACUUGAAUAUUGGGCCCGAAUAAGCGCCAUCAAGCAACAAUUCUGGAAAAAGUGGUCCCAUGAUUAUAUAAAUGAGCUCCAGACUCGCAACAAAUGGACUAGCACCAACUCUAAUAUUACCCCUCAUCAUCAAAGAAGAUAA